UUGAAUAAGUUUUAUUAAUCAGGCACCUACUCUUAAACUUUGUUUCAAUGUUUUGUUUAACUCCCAUGAAUCAUAAAUCAUGCUCACCUUUGUUUUAACCAGAUUUUUCUUAGCAAAGUAUCAUCUACCAUGCACAAAAUUUCAAAACAAACUUUUCAAAGCAAAAGUCUUACUAACCUUAACAGCUCUAUUUUACAACCAGAAUUUUACUAACUCAUUCUCUAUUAAAAAAACACUAUGUAAACGUACAUUCCAUAAAAUGUCUUUCAUUCGUCCGAGUUGAUUGAGACAGGCCUCAUUGAGAUCUCUUGUGAGGAUGGGUUAAUGAAAGAGAGAUAAUCAAGAAAACUAAUAUAACAGCCAGACCAAACUUACAUAUGCCUAACUGUAUCUAACUUGUAUCACGUUAGACUUUCUAUUACAUAUUUUUGUUGGGUUUUAGUGUGUAGCUCGGUGAAUAGAAAAAAAAAGGUGUGUAGCUCUUCAGCAUAAAACUAGUCUCCAAGUUUCGGUCCCGUGAUUUCUCAUUCAUCCCUUUUUGCUGCACCAUUAAUCUUCUGUACAAGUCCAAUGGACUUCCCCUUAUAUACCUUUUUGGAAGGCUUUCACUCACACAUGAUUAAUCAAAUAAUUCAAGCACGCCGUUAGCUUCGUUAAGCAUGAAGAAAUGCGGCAAUGCUACAUUCCUGAUUCUAACAUGUACCAUGCCAAAAUCGUAAUUAUGAGAGUAUCUUUUGAUUAACCAAUUUAGAAAUUUCCAAUUAAUAGUGCUACAAUAAAUAUCAAAAGAAUUCCAACUUUAAUAUAGAUAUGAUAUGGUGAUAUUCCAAUAAUUUCUUCUUUUAUUCAUUUAGUUACUUUACAAAGAUUUAAAAAAAAACACUGCUUAAGCUAAAAACCAAACCUUCUUUCUUAAUUAGUCAAACAUUGUCCACACUAAAAACCAAACCUUCUUUCUUAAUUAGUCAAACAUUGUCCACACUAAAAACAGUGUCUCUCGCGCCUGUGAAUCAAAUAGAAAAACUCGUGACUAAAACCAAAUAAAUAGAAAAUUAAAAGCUCGUGACUAAAACCAAAUAACUAGAAAAUAAUAAAAACUACAUACAUAGAGAAAUAGAAAUUAAAAUAGAAAGGGGAAGGGGAAGAAAUAUGAAUCGUAUAGUGUUAUGAAUAUAUUCCUUGUCAAUCUUACAUUAAUGAAUUUUACCCAUUUUUUCUUAUUACAACUCCAGAAAUCAGGUUAUACUCAAUAAAUGUGAAAUAAAUACGCAAUUUCAUGAAGUAAAAUCUAUUUACUUUUGGGAGCAAAAUCAAUUUCAUGAAGCCCCAAGAAAGAGACGUAUGCACACAUACAUGGAAAAACAUGAAUGGAUUUGCCCAACCCCUCACCUAUUCUUGAACCUCAAUUAUAUAUUUAUAUACAUACACUCAUAUAAACAAAAGCUAUCUGCGUAUAUAUAAUAAAAAGCUACAAAAGCUAGAGUUAGAUAUUUAGAGAUCACCAAACAAAUUGACAAGUUUCUAUCUCAUUAUUCCCAUCUAAACAUUCUAUAAAGUCUCAUAUCUAUCACAAACUUUAGACACAUCGCCUGAGAGGCCAAAAGGAACUUUAUUAGACAAUAAUUCACGUGAUGUCUGGUUUGCUCGACAAACUAUCUCCGGCCAGACGGGCCAACAAGAGCGAUGACCUUCCUCUGUUUUACACUGACCAGUCCGUGGGUUUUCACAGAGGUCACAGAAACACACCUAAAGUCUCAGUCACACUUGCAGAGCUUCUCAUGAGUAUGGAAGAUGAUCAGAACGGCCAGAGUCAGGCUUGGGAUAUCGCACUUGCCUCCAAUUUCUUCUCCUCGGUUUCUUCUUAUCCCUUGCCUUCUCCUUCUCCUUCUCCUUCUCCGUUCGUCCUCUCCUUCAAAGACUUGACUUACAGCGUGAAGAUCACGAAGAAGUUUAACCCACUUCCCUGUUGCGGGAGCUCCGAUGGUGAUGGUAUGGAGAUGAAUACCAAGAUGCUCCUCAAUGGAAUCUCCGGUGAAGCCAAAGAAGGAGAGAUGAUGGCCGUUCUUGGAGCAAGCGGGUCAGGGAAGUCAACACUUAUCGAUGCAUUAGCCAACCGUAUCGCAAAAGAGAGCCUACACGGUGCCAUCACUCUAAACGGUGAAGUUCUUGAAUCAGGCCUUCAUAAAGUCAUAUCAGCUUACGUGAUGCAAGACGAUCUUCUCUUCCCGAUGCUCACCGUGGAAGAAACUUUGAUGUUCUCCGCCGAGUUCAGGCUUCCAAGCUCACUCCCCAAGAAGAAAAAGCAAGCACGCGUUCAAGCUUUGAUCGACCAGCUCGGUCUGAGGAACGCAGCAACAACAGUGAUUGGUGAUGAGGGACAUAGAGGUGUGUCGGGAGGAGAAAGGAGACGUGUCUCGAUAGGAAUCGACAUAAUACAUGACCCGAUUAUACUCUUCCUCGAUGAGCCAACCUCGGGUUUGGACUCUACAAGUGCUUACAUAGUUGUUAAAGUGCUUCAGAGAGUGGCACAGAGUGGUAGCAUAGUUAUCAUGUCUAUACAUCAGCCAAGUUACAGAAUCUUAGGCUUGCUAGACAAGUUACUCUUCCUGUCUAGAGGGAACACAGUUUACAGCGGCUCACCGACAGAUCUACCUCGGUUCUUCUCAGAGUAUGGUCACAUUAUACCCGAAAACGAGAACAAGACAGAGUUCGCACUUGACCUAAUCCGUGAGCUGGAAGAUUCACCAGAAGGAACAAAAACCCUAGUAGACUUCCACAAGCAAUGGAGAGCAAAGCAAACCCUAAACCAAACCACAAGAAACACUAAUGUCUCUCUCAAAGACGCUAUCGACGCCAGUAUCUCAAGAGAGAAGCUAGUCUCCGCCUGCAGAGCCGGUCCUGAAAUUUUGAGGGACCGGUCCUCUGGAGGAGAAACAAACCUAAAAUCAACAUUUCAAACCUUUGCAAACCCAUUCUGGACUGAGAUUCUUGUCAUUGCCAAAAGAUCUAUGCUAAACUCAAGAAGACAACCAGAGCUUUUCGGAAUCCGCUUAGGAGCUGUGCUAGUCACCGGAACAAUCUUAGCUACAAUGUUCUAUAAGCUAGAUAACUCACCAAGAGGCAUACAAGAACGUUUAGGGUUCUUCGCAUUCGCCAUGUCUACAACGUUCUACACAUGUGCUGAAGCCAUACCAGUCUUUCUCCAAGAGCGUUACAUAUUCAUGAGAGAAACCGCUUAUAACGCUUACCGUAGAUCAUCGUACGUCCUCGCACACACGAUCAUCUCCCUCCCAGCUCUUGUAAUCUUAUCAGCUACCUUCGCCGCCACGACUUUCUUCUCCGUUGGUCUCGCCGGAGGCUCCGAGGGGUUCUUCUUCUUCUUCUUGACGAUCUUGGCAGCGUUUUGGGCGGGAAGCUCGUUCGUUACGUUCCUAUCUGGCGUGGUAUCGCAUGUGAUGAUUGGAUUCACGGUGGUUGUGGCGAUCUUAGCUUACUUCCUCCUCUUCUCUGGAUUCUUCAUCGCCAGAGAUAGGAUACCUCUCUACUGGUUAUGGUUUCAUUACCUCUCGCUCGUGAAGUACCCUUACGAAGGUGUGCUUCAGAACGAGUUUGAAGAUUCGACGAAGUGUUUUGUCCGAGGGAUUCAGAUGUUUGAUAGUUCGCCGUUGGGACAAGUUCCGGAUGCUGUAAAAAUCAGUUUGCUGAAGAGUAUGAGCGGUGUUUUGGGGUUUAACGUGACGGCGGAGACGUGUGUGACGACGGGGGUUGAUAUUUUGAGGAAGCAAGGGAUCACGGAGAUGAGUAAGUGGAAUUGCUUGUGGAUCACGGUAGCUUGGGGGUUCUUGUUUAGGGUUCUGUUUUACUUCACGCUCUUGAUCGGAAGCAAGAACAAGCGGCGCUAGUUUUUACUAAUCUUACUGCUGUAAAUUUUAGUGUAUUUUAUAAAAAGAAAACAAAAGAGAUUAGUGUAAAA